UGUCAUUUGGCCCGUUUGGCUUUAGCUGUGAAGGACUUUUCGUUAAUUUAGCGCCCAAUUUUUUUCCGUUCAAGCGUGGUUCCAGUGCCCCCACGAUGACACCUCCGUCGGUGCAAGCGGAAGGACUGAGGGGUUCCGAAACGGAUGGCGCCAAGCUAACGACGGCGGUCGGGGGGCGGCUCAGCUACCUCACCCGCACGGACGAACCGAGCGUGGAUGUCAGCCGGUGGGACAUACUGCUGACGGCCAUCUCGAUCCUGUUCCGGCUGGUCAGCAUCAGUCUGACCGUGCUGCUGUCCUGCGAGUACUACCGGAACGGGCGCACGGUCUACUUCGCCCUGACACUGGUCGGGCUGUUCGUGCCCGGCAUCAUCACCUCGCUGCUCAACCUGCUGAUGUACCUGGACGACGCGCGCCGAAACCGGCGGGACCGGCAGCCCUGCUGCAGCACGCUGCUCUGUGUCGUGGUGGUGCCGUUCUGCUGCCGCUACUGGCACUCGCUGCGCCUCUCGUACGCGUGCUACCGUGCCAAGCACCGGCAGGACUGGGCCGCCCAGAAGCGAACGUACGAGCUGCUGGUGCAGGAGGACAGCGACGUUGCGCUGCUCCGCAUCUUCGAGUGCCUGCUGGAGGUAACGCUGCAGAAGAUACUGCAGCUGACGAUCGUCCUGUCGACCGGCCCGGUCACCGUCCUGCAGAUGCUCUCGAUCGUGAGCGCCAUGGGCAGCAUCGCCUGGUGCAUGGCGUCCCACUACCGGUGCGUCCGGUUCGCCCGGCUCGACAAGCGCCACAUCCCCUGGUCGGGCACGAUCGUGCACAUCGCGUGGCAGUUCUCCGUGACGGUGGCGCGCGUGCUCGCGAUCGCCACCGUCGCGAGCGUAUUUCCACUGUACACCGCCGCCGCCUGUGCGGUGCACGCGCUCCUGAUGGCGACGUGGGUGUUUUGCUACGAGCGGCCCCGCUUUUGCGGCGACUCCGUUCCCCAGCGUGCCCUGCUGUCCUGCGCCUUCGGUGCGGUGUUCAUCUUCAACUACAUCCCGCUGCAGGAAGGCACCACCCGGCUGCGGUACACGUUCUUUUACGCCGUGUGCUUCGUCGAAACCGUUGCGGCCAGCGCGCUGUACGGGACGUUCGUGCGCAAUCCGACGAUCCGCCAGUCGGUGCUGUGGACCGGUCUGCUGACCUGCUUCCCGAUCGCCACGUUCCUGGUGGGGAUUGGCCUGAUGCUGGUGUUCUAUCGCUACUGCCAUCCAAACAUUAUCUCCCGGCAGCUGCAGUCGCGCACGGCGGCAGCAGCCGCGGAAUGAGCGACACUGCGCGGACACACAAAGCAACCCGCAAACAACCAAAGAUGCCACACUGCCAGUGGAUCGAAUGGAUUCCAACCGCGAAGACUGACAUACUGAAAUUGAAUAGUUUUUUUUUUAAUUAGAGAUGUUUGCUUUUUUCUCUUUCCAAGACGCAACGUUGGAAAGUGCAAAACAGGAACCGAAUAAUUCACCUUUGUACACAUAUCGAGGGGAAAAACAGAAUGGGAAUGAAUAGUAUUAUAUUUAGUAAUCGACUGUAGAACAAUACUGUUAGAAAUAGAGCUAUGUUUUUAGCGAAUAAGUAUUUUUAUUAAUAUAUUUUGUUUAAUAUUUCGAUGAUAAAGAAGCGUUUUAAAUAAACAAG